CAGAAAUGACUCCGUGGCCAAGCUGGCUAAGGCGUGAGACUGUUAAUCUCAAGAUCGUGAGUUCAAUCCUCACCGGGGUCCCUUUAUGGCCAAGUUGGUAAGGCACCUCACUAGUAAUGAGGAGAUCGUCAGUUCGACUCUGGCUGAAGGCAUCAUAAUCAUAUUUUUUUGAUUUUAAUUUAUCCUAUAACUAUUAAUGUUUGUUUUUACAUAGUUCCCACCAAGCUUUCUUAACUAGGAAAGCUUUAUUUUUUAUAUAUGGCCAUUUUAAAGAUUUUGAUCUGCUAAAAAUAUGGGAGCGCGCAUGUUAAUGAUCAUAAUUGCAAAAAAGCGGAAAGUGAUUUUAAUCAAUUAGAUGUAUAUUUAGUUUACCCGUUUUCAUGUAUAUAUCAUAUAUUUGGUUUCAUUAUAAUCAAAUUGAAGUAUAACUGAGUCAUUGAAUUAUUUCUGUCAUUAUUUUUAACACAUGUGUCCGGUUUUAUUAGAAGGCGGCAAAUUAGAUGAUGUUAGCUAUGAAGCAACAUACGAUUACGAGAAUGAAACUAGUUAUGGGGAAUCCGAAGAAUAUGAAGAUGAAAUAAAUGAAGAAUAUACAUCCACGGAUACUGCAAAAAGCUUUCUCAAUUCAAUCACCAUUGCAACUACAACCCCAAGAACAUUAGAAGUAACAGAGGAUAUCAUUGUUGAUGAAGUAAUUGAAAGGAACUCUCUUUAUGAAUUUGAGGCUGGAGAUGAUAAUUACAUUUAUAUUGGAGAGAAGAUUAGUGAAUACUUAAAAGAAAGGUUAUAUAAAUACCAAGAGUCAAAAACAUUAUGGGAAGCUCCACCUAAGAUACCAAGUAUGGGACAAAAGAAUAAUACCGACUACUUCAUGAAAUCAAGUAAAUCAUCUUCUGAACCUUGGAGCAGAUCAUGCUACGGGUAUGAAAUGAUAAUAUAUUCCCUUUCAGUUGAUAAAUUUGAUAAAACAUGUCUUCCCACUUUGUUUAAAAGAUAUGAUAUAAAGCUCAAGAUUUAUGAACAUAAACUUAUUAAAAGGAGAGAAGCUAAUGAUAAAGUAAAUGAACUGGCGGUAUCACUUGAAAUAUGUUCUCCUAAUUCAACACAUGAAAACUCAAAAGUAGAUAACUUUUUAAUGGAACAUGAUAUCGAUCCAAGUCUGAAACAAGAUUCCUUGAAUGCUUGUCAUGAAACUUUAGAUACUACAGAGAAUAAUGAUCACAAAAUAUUAGAUAUAAAUACUUUAGUUGACGACGAAGAAGAUCUGAGAAGCAGUUUCAGUUUUGACUUACUACAAGAUCCGACAACGAAUUCUACAUUAAAUUUAGUGGAAAGAAAGCUUACAAAUUCCGACUUCUCACUUAAAAGUCAUUCUACUACUUCAGACGAAGAUUCUUAUCUCAAGUUGAAGUCUCGUAGAUGGUUUCAUCGUCGAAGACAUAUUCCAAAAUCAAAAUCUCUUUGGUCAUUUGGUUUCAGUCAUAGGAAAGAUCUUCACGACACAUUAUGGAAUCAUCCAGAGUUAGAUUUCAUUGAGGUUCAAGGUUAAUCAUUAUUGUAUAUAGUUUAGUUAGAAAACAAUUAUUUUCAUGAUACUACAAAAAAUUGCGAAACUUUUU